AUGAGCGAAGUUGACUCAGAAUUCCAGGAACGACAACUGGAAUUCGAAAGUUACGCCAAGAGGAUUCAAAUAGACUUCAAUGGUGAAGAGUUUAUGGACGAAUUUGGUCGUAAACAGAAGUUUGAAGAUAUAUUAGCUGAAGAAAAGAGAUCCAUCAAAAAGUUGGAAGAAGAAGAAAUUGAGAAGGGAAUGAGUGAAAAGUCUGAAAAGUCUGUUGUUAAUGGUAACUUAGAGGAAUCCUACUCUUCAAAGCAUGAGUCAUAUUAUGAAGAAAGUUAUGAGAAAUCAUCCCAGUCAAUGAAAAUUGAAGAAUCUAAAUCAAGUUCAAAAGCAUUCACAGGUUAUUCUGAAUCCCAUGAAACCAAAAUGUCAGUGGAGACCUCUAUUUCUGAAGCAUCUGUUUCCCAAAAGGAUUCCUCCAAGAUCUCAUUUGAGUCUGAAAUUUCUUCCACAGAGUAUUUGGCUGAAGAAACAUCAAAACUGCAGCUUGAAACUUCAACUAAGAAAGGAUCCAAAUCAAAAGCAGAACUUGAAACUACUAAUUUUGAAGAAGGGGGCAUGUCAAAAUCCGGAAUGUCCUUAGAAGUUGAAUCUUCAACAUCAUCUUCCAAAUCUCAACAGGAACAAGAACUCAAAAUUUCAGCCUCUGUUGAAAUUGAGCAGACUUCAGUGUCAACUUCUAAAGCCACAUCUGAGGAACAACUGAUCGUUGAGUCUGAUGUGUCCAUAGAUAAUUCAACAUCUUCUAGAACAACAAUAGAAGAAAGGGAAGUGAAAUUAACAACAUCUGAUGCAGAGAUUGAUUCUUCAAGGUCCAGGGAAUCCACUUUGGAAAUUGAUGACUCAAGUGAGGUCUUUGCUACAGAAGGUGGUGGUGCGAUUUUGGUUGAUUCGAGCGUGGAGAUUGAAUACAGUAAAGUUAAAAGAAAGAAAAGAAUGAGCGUUGAAAUGGAAGUUGAGGAACGUUCGACAGUGGAAAUUGAUUUGGAAUCCAAAAUUCUGAAAUCCAAGAUGUUGGAAGAGAUCAAGACAAUGACAGCAGAAAUGCAGACCAUGUCCAAAGACAGUAUUCCAACUGACAUGGGAAGUGUUAGUUCUAUCAACAGCCUCUUUUCUGAAGAAGGGAGCAUUGAGGAAUCAUCCACAAGCACGAAUCCCUCCGAGAUGCUGGAAGCAAAGAUUCGAAGCAAAAUGCAAGCAAGAGUUUUGGAGACGGAAAGCAAUGCUGAUGCUGAAUCAGUAAGAGAUAUGGAUCUUUCCGAAGGUGCUGCAGAUGAGAAGAUGAUUGACGAUCAAAUUCGAGCAGCUGUACGAGCAGAACAUGAAACACUGGCACAAGAAUCAAACCUUCAAAGUGACAGGGUCAUGGACCUUCCAAUGGGUGAAAAGGAACAACUCUCAACAAGCCUUGGUCAAGAUAGUGGUGUAUUUGAUAUGUCCACAGCUGAGAACUCGUCAUUCAGGGUGGAAGAAUCGUCCACUAAAACAACUACAGAGUCAACUGCAACUUUAGGGGCUUCAAGGACUGAUGAAGCCAAAAUAAAAUCAGUAGAGGAUGACAGUAAAGCAAAAGCAACAUCUGAAGCAGUUUCUUCUCUCACUGAUGAACAAGCGGUUACUGAUGACACAACUGAAGAUCUAUCUAGUCCUGCUGCAGGUGAACUGAAAGAAAAUUCAUCUCAGAAUAAUCUUGAAAAGACCAAAGCUCAAAGAGAUCUUGCCUUAGCAGAGGAACAACAGAUGUUAGACAAAGAUGACACAUCAAUUGUUUCUGACUUGACUGAUUUAGAGUCUUUGAAAGCAGAUGAAAAAAUUACUGAGAAAACAGGAAAAGCUGAACAGAAAGCAAAGUCAAAGCAAGAAUUGGCAAAGGCAGAUGAAAUGAAUUUAGGCAGAGAGGAUGCAUCUGUGGCAUCUGAGUUGACUGAUGUAGAUUCUGUCAAGGCUGACGAACUCUCACUGGAUGGUAGGAGCGAGCUAGGAGAAGCCUCCAUUAAGGAUGAGGAGACCUGGCAUGCCGAUCAGCUAAGUGAUACAGAGUCCAUGAGAGACGAAACUUCUGAUUUCAAAGCUGAAGACAUUCCUGCUGUGGAAGCCGACAUUACUGAAGAACAACUUGGACAAAACGUGAAAGUAGACUCUGUAGAUUCAUUGGAUGGACCAUCAGAUUCUAGGGAUGUGACCCCAACUCCUGAGUCUUUCGGUGCUGAAGAUAACUUCAGGAUUCAAUCCCCAAUCAAUGAAGAAACUGUAUCAGAAAUAAGUGAAGGAUCGAUCCGAGAAGCAGACUUUGCUCUGGAUGAGACGUUACCGGAUGGAGGACAGUUUGUCACUAGUCCAAGUGAUCUGACAUCAUUGGUUAGAGAUUCCCAGAAACAGUCUAGAGUUAGUGCGCAAAUCUCUGAAGAUAUUGAUGACAUUAUUGAUGAUGCUUUGAAGGAUCUGGAAAUGGACUCUAAUACACAAGAAACCAAAAUCACGAAAGAACCUAGCCCUGAUCAAGCAGCUGUGAGAGUGGCAGAAGAGAUUCUAGAAGCUCCACAAGAGAAAACUCGUCAGAUGUACAAACCAGAAGAGCAGGAUCUGACUUUCAUUCCAGAUGAGAUACCAGAAAAGAAAACAAAAUCAAAAAAAUCCAAACGAUCUUCAGAAGAAGAGGAACUUACCAUGACUGCUUCAGUUGAGACCUCAGAAACUUCCACCAAGACUCAAGAAUCCACUGCAUCAAUCCAAGCCGAUGUGGAUGUAUCAGGAGUCAGCUAUGAUGAUGGUGGGCUGACCAUCUCAGCUUCAGUGGAAGUGGAGGAGACUCGCUAUCCACCAGAAGUUGUAAGAGUCAGUGAAGAUGUCAAUAUUCAAGCUGGGGAAACCAUUAAUCUAGCUUCUGAAGUAAAAGGAAAUCCUCAACCAGAAGUAAAAUGGUUCAAAGAAGGUGAAAAAAUAACCGAAAACCAAAGAAUCACCUUGGUGACGGAGGACAAUGUAUAUUCUUUAGAGAUUCGGGAAGCUGCGGGCAGUGAUGGAGGGAAGUACACUUUGACAGCCCACAAUUCAGAGGGAACCAUUUUCAGUGAUGUUCAAGUCAAUGUGACGAUUCCACCAGGCCAGGAAGAUAAGAUCAUUAUGGAGGGACAGAACAUCAGUGUAACAGCCAGCCUAUCUUUACCAGAGUUUACAAAAUCACCAGACGAUACAACUGUUUCUGAAUUUGAUCCUGUUUCUUUUGUCUGUCAAGUCUCAGGUAAUCCUGAGCCAAAAGUCAUAUGGAGAAAAGAAGGUCAAAAACUAAAAUCCGACCAACGUAUGAGGAUUUACGAAUCAGAUAGACAGCACUUCUUAGAGAUCCCACAAUCCUCUCUGCUUGAUGCUGGUGAAUAUGAAUGUGAGGCUACCAACAGUGAAGGUUCUACUUCCUGUCACAUUAUGUUAACAGUGGAAGCUGCAACCGAACAGGAGAGUGGAUUGUCAGCUGCUGAAGAGUCAGUCCAGCUGCCUGGAGCCUCGGAAUCAGAUGUUCGUACACGAUAUCUUAAAUUGUUUGGUGCUGCUGCAGCCUUUACCCUCGUAGCGUUUGGUUUACAUAAACUGACUGAAGGAAGACUUCCCACCAGUCGUUAG